UGACCUGGUCAGAUGGCUUUACACGGUAUCGAAAUCCAAACGCGAGCAGAUUUUCCGGCCGAUCUGCCCAUCUACGAGGAUGAGAAGCCUUACUAUCUCCACGCUUCAGAUGCCGCUGGCGACCGUCUAGACCAGAUCAAGAUAACCAACGUCGAAUGGGACACAAGACCGGUGACUGUUCGGAGCAUGCGCGGUAACACGAACAUCGGAUUGGACAAGACUGGUUUCACGUACUGGAAGCACGAAUCCCAAUACCUUCCACACAAGGGCAUGAGUGAGGAGAAGGUACAAAACUAUCGUACAGAGGGCGAGGAACUUCUCCGAUCUGUCUUGAACGCGGAUUUCGUUCGUUGUUAUGACUUCAAAAUGUGAAAAAACGCUCCUAUGACACUGGAAAAGUUUGAUCCACACGAUCCGCUGCUAGUAGAACAUGCUGCUGUCGGGGCUCAU